GGUGGCGGGCGGGCUGCUGGGGGGCGGUGGGCAUGGCCCUUGGGCUGGGCGCAGAACCCCCUCCCGCCCCCCCGUCCUGCGGGAGCCGUGCGGAUUCCUCCCCGCCUUUCCCCGGCCGGGCGGGAGCCGCGGCCACGCGGGCCCCUCCCCGCCCGGCGGUGCCGCGGCCACGCGGGCUCCCUCCGUGGCCAGCGUCGGUUGGGAGCCGUGUGGGCUCGGCCCCCGCCGCGCUCGGGGGCCCGUGCCCGUGCGGGGCCAUUGGUAGGAACCGUGUAGGCGGGGAUCCGGCGCCAGUAACGACGUGUUACCAACCCUCUCUCCCGCAGCCCUCCCACAGCCACUGGUCUUUCACCGGUUCCCACGGUGCGGCCUCCCAGACCGGCUUCUCGUAAGGUUCCUGCGGGCCUGGCGUGCCUUCGGGGCUCCUCCGUCUUCAUCUGAGUAACCUUCAUUGUGCAGAACAUAAACCCUGUUACCCGUUCAGCUUUUGAAGGACUCCGUGUGUCACAGCGGGCGUAGAGCAGCAUUCGCCCGCUUCGGUGGGCCGUGGGAGCCGUGCCACCUCUUCCCUCGUCCGUGCUGCGUGUUACUUGUCAUCUGCGUUGGAAGUCCUGCCAGAAGGGCUUGGGACCCUGGCGGAGUGACCGUCUCGUCCCGGCGUCCUCUCCAGCUGAGCCAUGGCAACCCCGGAUGUGAGCGUCCACAUGGAGGAGGUGGUGGUGGUGACCACACCAGACACCGCGGUGGAUGGCAGCGGCGUGGAGGAGGUGAAGACUGUGCUGGUGACAACCAACCUGGCUCCUCACGGGGGCGACCUGGCCGAAGACAGCAUGGAGACAGAGAACGCGGCGGCGGCCGCCGCGGCUGCCUUCACAGCAUCCUCGCAGCUCAAGGAGGCCGUGUUAGUGAAGGUGGCCGAAGAGGAGGAGGGGCUGGAGGCUGAAAUCGUGUACCCCAUCACCUGCGGGGACAGCAGGGCCAGCCUGAUUUGGCGGAAGUUCGUGUGUCCGGGCAUCAACGUGAAGUGUGUUCAGUACGACGAGCACGUGAUCAGCCCGAAGGAGUUCGUGCACCUGGCCGGCAAGUCCACCCUGAAGGACUGGAAGAGGGCCAUCCGGAUGAACGGCAUCAUGCUCAGAAAGAUCAUGGACUCCGGGGAGCUGGACUUCUAUCAGCACGACAAGGUCUGCUCCAACACCUGCCGCAGCACCAAGAUCGACCUCUCGGGCGCCCGCGUGUCACUGAGCAGCCCCACUUCAGCCGAGUACAUUCCGCUCACGCCUGCCACGGCUGAUGUGAACGGGUCACCCGCUACCAUCACCAUAGAGACCUGUGAGGACCCCGGUGACUGGACCACGGCCAUCGCAGAUGACACGUUUUCCUUCUGGCGAGGGCUCAAGGAUGCGGGGCUGCUGGACCAGGUCAUACAGGAGUUCCACCAGGAGCUGAUGGAGACCAUGAAGGGCCUGCAGCAGCGGGUCCAAGACCCCCCCCUGCAGCUCCGAGAUGCCAUCCUCCUCAACAACAUCGUGCAGAACUUUGGCAUGCUGGACCUGGUGAAGAAGGUGCUGGCCAGCCACAAGUGCCAGAUGGACCGCUCCCGGGAGCAGUACGCCCGGGACCUGGCAGCCCUGGAACAGCAGUGCGAUGAGCACCGACGCCGAGCCAAGGAACUGAAGCACAAAUCUCAGCACCUCAGCAACGUGCUCAUGACACUCACGCCCGUCUCCCUGCCGCCCCCCGCGAAGCGGCCACGGCUCGCGAGGGCCACGUCUGGACCAGCUGCCAUCGCCUCGCAGGUGCUCACCCAGUCUGCCCAGAUCGCCCUCAGCCCCGGCAUGCCCGUCUCCCAGCUGACCGGCGUGCCGCUCGGCAAAGUGGUGUCUGCCCUCCCCUCCCCUGCCCUGGGUAAGGGGCCCACGCAGGCCGCUCCCGCCGGCUCCCCGGCCUCGCCGCUGCUCGGGGGCUACACGGUGCUGGCUUCAUCGGGCGCCACCUUCCCCAGCACAGUGGAGAUCCACCCGGACGCGUCCAGCCUCACGGUCCUGAGCACGGCCGCCAUGCAGGACGGCAGCACUGUGGUCAAGGUGGUGAGCCCCCUGCAGCUGCUCACCCUGCCCGGCCUGGGCCCCACCCUGCAGAACGUGGCCCAGAUGUCGCCCGGGGGCAGCACCAUUGUGACAGUGCCCACGGGAGCCGUCGAGAGCGCCGUGGCUGCCUCGGGCCCUGAGGAGCACACGGCCACCAUUGAGGUGGCCGCCAUGGCGGAAGGCCGGGAGCACAAGUAGACGUUGGUGGAGGACAGGCCCGUCGUGGGCACAGGGCUGGCCUCCUCUCCUCGGGCCGCGUGGGCGGGAGCACGGUGCCGGCGCCCCACGGGCCACGUCGGGCUGAACCAAAGAGAGGAAACACCAAAACACGACGAGAAAAAGGGAUUGAAAACAGACCUGUGCAGCCAGCCCUCCACUCGGAGCCUCCUCCCCUUCUUUCCUGGGAAAUACAUUUUUCCAUCUGUUGCUUAA